AUGGAGGUACUGAUGGCAGAACGGCCCACUCAGGUCUUUCACAAUAAAGUGAUAGACGGAACUGCCAUGAAACGGCUUAUUAGUCGAUUUAUUGAUCACUAUGGAAUAGGAUAUACAUCACAUAUCCUGGAUCAAGUAAAGACUCUGGGUUUCCGACAAGCUACCGCCGCAUCCAUUUCAUUAGGAAUUGAUGAUCUUUUAACAAUACCUUCUAAAAGAUGGCUAGUUCAAGAUGCUGAACAACAAAGUUUUAUUUUGGAAAAACACCAUCAUUAUGGGAAUGUACACGCGGUAGAAAAAUUACGUCAAUCAAUCGAAAUAUGGUAUGCCACAAGUGAAUAUUUGCGACAAGAAAUGAAUCCUAAUUUUCGGAUGACCGAUCCUUUUAAUCCAGUCCAUAUAAUGUCUUUUUCGGGAGCCAGAGGAAAUGCAUCUCAGGUACAUCAAUUAGUAGGUAUGAGAGGAUUAAUGUUGGAUCCUCAAGGGCAAAUGAUUGAUUUACCCAUUCAAAGCAAUUUACGCGAAGGACUGUCUUUAACAGAAUACAUUAUUUCUUGUUACGGAGCCCGUAAAGGGGUUGUGGAUACCGCUAUCCGAACAUCAGAUGCAGGAUAUCUCACGCGCAGACUUGUUGAAGUAGUUCAACACAUUGUUGUACGUCGAACAGAUUGUGGCACCGUUCGAGGUAUUUCUGUAAGUCCUCGAAAUGGAAUGAUGAUGGACAGGAUUUUUAUCCAAAUAUUAAUUGGCCGUGUAUUAGCAGAUGAUAUAUAUAUAGGUUCGCGAUGUAUUGCUACUAGAAAUCAAGAUAUUGGGGUUGGACUUGUCAGUAGAUUCAUAACUUUUAGAGCACAACCAAUCUCUAUUCGAACCCCCUUUACUUGUAGGAGUACAUCUUGGAUUUGUCAAUUAUGUUAUUGCCGGAGUCCAGCGCAUGACGACCUGGUCGAAUUGGGAGAAGCCGUAGGUAUUAUUGCAGGUCAAUCUAUUGGAGAACCGGGCACUCAAUUAACAUUAAGAACUUUUCAUACCGGCGGAGUAUUUACAGGGGGUACUGCAGAACAUGUGCGAGCCCCUUCUAAUGGAAAAAUAAAAUUCAACGAGGAUUUGGUUCAUCCGACACGUACACGUCAUGGACAUCCUGCUUUUCUAUGUUCUAGAGACUUGUAUGUAACUAUUGAGAGUGAAGAUAUUAUACACAAUGUGUGUAUUCCGCCCAAAAGUUUUCUUUUAGUUCAAAACGAUCAAUAUGUAGAAUCAGAACAAGUGAUUGCUGAGAUUCGCGCGAGAACCUCCACUUUGAAUUUGAAAGAGAAGGUUCGAAAACAUAUUUAUUCUGACUCAAAAGGCGAAAUGCACUGGAAUACUGAUGUGUACCAUGCACCUGAAUUUACAUAUGGUAAUAUUCAUCUCUUACCAAAAACAAGUCUAUCGGAAUAA